GCCCCGGUUUCUGCGAUAUUGUUGAGCGGCGGCGGUUACGCGCGCGCAAGGCGCGCACGCGGGUCUCCAUGGUGAAGACGGGGGAGGGGAGGCUUCAGUAAGUGGCAGCGACUGAUGUCGCUGGAAGCGGCGGGGAGGAUCUCUUCUGGUCGGCUUGCGGUGCCAUGUCCCGCGGCUGUUGCACCCACCUCCUGUGGGAUGUGAGGAAGCGCAGUUUGGGCUUGGAGGACCCCGGCCUGUUGCGGAGACGAUACCUCGGAAGAAGAGAGUUUAUCCAAAGAUUAAAACUUGAAGCAACACUGAAUGUGCAUGAUGGCUGUGUGAAUACAAUUUGCUGGAAUGAUACAGGAGGAUAUAUUUUAUCUGGAUCAGAUGAUACUAAUCUUGUAAUUACUAAUCCAUAUAGUAGAAAGGUUUUAACAACCAUUCGUUCAGGACACCGGGCAAAUAUUUUUAGUGCAAAAUUCUUACCAUGCACUAAUGAUAAGCAGAUUGUGUCAUGUUCUGGAGAUGGAGUCAUUUUUUAUACUAAUGUUGAGCAAGAUGCUGAAACCAACAGACAGUGCCAAUUUACAUGCCAUUAUGGAACUACUUAUGAGAUCAUGACAGUCCCAAAUGAUCCCUAUACGUUUUUGUCUUGUGGAGAAGAUGGAACUGUAAGAUGGUUUGAUACUAGGAUCAAGACAAGUUGUACGAAAGAAGAUUGUAAAGAUGAUAUCUUAAUAAACUGUAGGAGGGCUGCCACCUCUGUAGCAAUCUGCCCCCCAAUACCAUAUUACCUUGCAGUUGGUUGCUCUGAUAGUUCAGUAAGAAUUUUUGAUCGGCGAAUGCUUGGCACAAGAGCAACAGGUAACUAUGCUGGUCGGGGUACUACAGGAUUGGUGGCACGUUUUGUUCCUCCCCACCUUAACAACAAAUCCUGUCGGGUAACAUCUUUGUGCUACAGUGAAGAUGGGCAAGAAAUUCUUGUGAGCUAUUCUUCAGACUAUAUCUACUUGUUUGAUCCCAAAGAUGACACAGCUAGAGAACUUAAAGUUCCUUCUGCAGAAGAAAGAAGAGAAGAAUUACGGCAGCCUCCUGUCAAACGUUUGCGACUAAGAGGAGAUUGGUCAGAUACUGGACCAAGAGCAAGGCCUGAAAGUGAAAGAGAGAGAGAUGGUGAACAGAGCCCUAAUGUUUCAUUAAUGCAAAGGAUGUCAGACAUGUUAUCAAGAUGGUUUGAAGAAGCAAGUGAAGUUGCACAGAGUAACAGAGGAAGAGGACGAUCUCGGUCUAGAGGCGGGACCAGUAGAUCAGAUGUUUCUGCUGCUGGAAGCCUCUUGACAAGUGCAGAAUCAGAGGCUGCAAUGGAAGUGGAUGGUCCUGAGCAGAUGCAGUCAUCAUCAUCUACAGUGUCAGCUCAUGCUCCCUCGACAUCUUCCUCAGCUGAGAGUCCCCCUUCUACUUCUUUACUAUCUUCACCUGACAAUGAACAAAGACCUUCCUUAGAGACACCUACUCCUCCUACACUCCAUCAGUCUGAAUUAAUGGCGCCUGAGUUAGCUAUACUCCGUAGGGGCCUGCAGCGGCUGAGGCUUAAGAAGGCUGAACAGCAGAGACAGCGAGAGCUAGCUGAGGGUUCAGCACAACAGUCCUCCAGCUCUGAUCAGUCUUCCCCUAAGGGCUCCUCACAGGACCCUCAGCCUACAGAUGAUGAAAAGGCAAAUCAGCGGACUGGGACAGGUGAACCAGUUUUAAGCUUGCAUUACAGUACAGAAGGCACAACUACAAGCACGAUCAAAUUGGACUUCACUGAUGAAUGGAGUAGCACAGCUUCAAGUUCUAGAGGGAAUGGCAAUCAUAGUAAACCUGAAGGCCAGGAAGAAUCUCUAAGAACCCAAAGUUCAGAGGCAUCAAUACAAGAUAAUGAAGAAUCACGAAUUCCUGAAGAGUCACCUGAAGAAAAUACAACUGUUGAAGAGAUAGCAUCUACAAAUGAAAAUUUUGUAACACCACAUUCAGAAAAUGAUGUAUCUGACCAACCUGAAAGUAGUAUGGAACAAGGAAAUGAUCCUCACCUUGACUUAUCCUGCCAGAUUCCAGGGGAAGAUUUAUCAAGCAAAGGCACAGAAGAACAAGAAAUUUUGAGUCAGCAAAGUACAGAAUCCACUGCCAACCCAGAUAAUACAGAUCAUGAACCUCAGCCCCAACCAGAUUCCUCAAGGCUUGCUUCUCAUGAAGAAUCAUCCACAAGGAGUUCUGCUUUCCAAGAAACUGAUGAUAGUGAUGAUGACCCUGUCCUGAUACCUGGUGCACGGUAUCGUGGAGGAGUAGGUCAUAGAUAUAUCAGAGGAACAGCAAUAGGUGAUAGGAUAAUGAGACGUUCUGCUGUCGCUCGCAUCCAGGAACUUUUCAGACGAAGGAAAGAGAGAAAAGAAAUGGAAGAACUGGAAACCUUGAAUAUUAGACGUCCUUUAAUAAAAAUGGUUUAUAAAGGUCAUCGGAACUCCCGGACAAUGAUAAAAGAAGCCAAUUUCUGGGGUUCUAACUUUGUUAUGAGUGGAUCAGAUUGUGGACAUAUCUUCAUCUGGGAUCGGCAUACUGCUGAGCACCUGAUGCUUCUAGAAGCAGAUAACCAUGUGGUGAAUUGUCUGCAGCCACAUCCAUUUGACCCAAUUCUAGCCUCAUCAGGUAUUGAUUAUGAUAUAAAGAUCUGGUCACCUUUAGAAGAGUCCAAGAUUUUUAAUCGGAAACUUGCUGAUGAGGUUAUAACUCGAAAUGAAUUAAUGCUGGAAGAAACCAGAAACACAAUCACUGUUCCAGCUUCUUUUAUGUUAAGGAUGUUGGCAUCCUUAAACCAUAUAAGGGCAGAUCGACUGGAAGGUGACAGAUCUGAAGGGUCUGGCCAAGAGAAUGAAAAUGAAGAUGAAGAGUAAUUGGUUCUUCUCUGGAAGCAGCUAGACAUCAUUAAAUUUAUGUCAUCUUCCUGCAGAUGAAGUGAGCAUUUUUGAAUGCAGUUGUUUGCAGUGUUUGUUUACUUGAAGAUGCUGAUGAGGAAAUUCUUUAUGACAAUGCUGGUGUUAUAAAAGGAAUGAGAACGUUGGGAAUACUGCUUGCACUUUCAUCAGUAUGGUCUUCUUCACUUAGAUCCAUGAAGGAUUUUUAAUGAUUGCAGAACUUCUUUUUAGAUGCCAGAAUGAUAUUUUUGGCAUCCUAGGAACAUUUAGAAAAGCGUAUUUCAUUUAACAGUAUUUGUAAAUCACCUCUUUUGUUUCCUCAGGAAAACUUGCGGUGUGGAAAUGCCUGCAUAUGCUACAUGUUGAUUUCACGAUUUUGCUGUGGGGAGGAAAAGAAAGAAUAAUAUAGUGGUUAGCUUGCCAGUGAAUACUGAGCUAUGGUGGCAGGGGUGGAUGGGUGGGUUGCAAUGAAGCAUCAACUUAGUAGGAACUAAAUUAUGAUUGACAUAAGGUUUAUAAAGAUACAUUAAUGCAAUUAAACUGUGGUUCAAUUUUCUGAAUUUCAAUAAAUUUAAACUCUUUUUCAAAUCAGUAUACUUUAAGCUGCUUUUGUUGCUCUCUACUUUCUUACAGUCCUUUGAGGCCUAGUCAAGACAACAGAAAUACAUCCAGGAACUUUACCAACAAGAGGAAUCCCACAUUUGGGUUGGUGUAACUUGUUGUCCUGCACCAGCAAGGGGUUGGACCUGAUGGCCUUCAUGGCCCCCUCCAACUCUACUAUUCUACGAUUGUAUGAUUUAAAGAAACAGAAAUCUUCUGUAAUGGCAGUGCCACCUAGAGGGAGAAAUGCAUCUUAUUCUUUCAUUUGGGAGUUGUAUUCUGUUUACAGCCUAAAACUUACUUGUGGUCAGUGGUUUGAUUGUGUUCAUAGUCUUACAUAAGUAUCUAUUACAUAGUUUUUAAAGUUAAAACUACAGAGAAGUAAAUAUAUGAGCACCUUGUCUGAUACAUGUUGUUCAUCAUUCUGAAAGAAAGUAAUUCCAUAAUCCUUUCUUUGCCUCAUAAAACAAACCAAAAAAGGCUUUGGAAAAAAAUGGUAAAAUUGUGUUGUUGUUUUUUAACAAAAUUAUUUUUUUAAAGGAACUUCACAUUUCUACACACACUGCACUCUAUAAAUGAACCAAUAGAUUUAAAAAGAAUGUGCCCAUGUUAAUGCAUCAUACCUGGCCACAAUCUGAAUAGGCAUGCCAGACAUGCUAAGCUAUCCUGUGAAUAAGCUAUGCAACAUGACUUGUUUGUAGACUACAAACCAUGGGGCGCACCAUAGCUUGUUAUCCCCCAUUUUCCCUUUCAGUCCUCUAGGCAGUAUACCCAUGUCCUUCACAGCAGAAUCCAACUUGUCUCCCCAGUC